GGCGCUGCCGACGCGAGACGAUGGCGAGCAGACGGCUGAUCGAAGCGCUGGUGCUGACGACCUGCACGGUGCUGGCGCAAGCUGAUCCGGGCCAUGAAUGGACAUAUGAAGGCGAAAGCGGGCCGGACCACUGGAGCAAGAUGGGCUUCAAGAACUGCGAAAAGCACCGUCAGUCGCCAAUCGCCAUUGAAACCAGCAGCACCAUCCGCAAACGCUUCAAGCCCAUGGAGUUCUAUCACUUCGACGAGAUUCCACUCAACAUGAGCCUCACGAACAACCGCCACAGUGCCGGGGCCGUCAUGACCACCAAGAAAGUGCCGUUCAUCCGGAGCGGCGGACUGCCCGGCGAGUUCGAGGUGGUCGGCUUUCACUUCCACUGGGGCCAGGACAGCACCAAGGGCUCCGAACACAUCAUUAACGGCAAAAGCUACCCACUGGAGAUGCAUGUCGUGUGCAGGAACACCAAGUACACAAAGCUGCAGAGGGCGCUGGACCAUCCGGACGGUCUCGCCGUGCUCGCGGUCUUGUUUGAGGUCAGCGAUGUCAACAACCGCGCCAUCGGCCGUCUGGAGAAGGCGCUGAGCGAGAUCACCGAGGGCGGCGACUCCACCGUGGUCGAGGACCCUCCCCGGCUUCUCGAGCUCAUGCCCUGGAACACCAACGACUUCUACCGCUACGACGGCUCGCUUACUACUCCGGGCUGCUACGAGGUCGUCACCUGGACCAUAUUCCAGCACACGGUCAAGGCCACCGAGGACGAGCUGCGGCUGUUCCGGUCCCUGAAGCGGACCAAUACCACGGUCAUCGGCCACAACUACCGGAACACGCAGCGCCGGUACGGCCGUCAGGUGUACCUGCGGCGGCCCGAGGACGAGGACGAGCUGGACUACGCCCUGGGGCACUCGCGGCAGACCGGCGGUGCAUCCUCGCUCGGCGCCCACCUGGGCUCCGUGCUCCUGCUGGUCGGCUGCGCACUGGCCAGGCUCCCAGCGUAAAGCCCCCCCCCCCCCCGCGUAGGCAGAUAGAGGUCGAGCAGGCCUUCGAAUGGGCGCACGGUGCGGAUCUCGUCGGAGAGUGAUGCUAGGACAAUGUUGGCCGGUGAUAUUUGCCGGUACGAAUGUUUUUCCAUGGCGUAGCGUGUAGUUGACCUGUUACGUGUUUUCGUUCAACAAGCCCGUGGCACCGGCGCGCCAUGUGCGAGCAGACGCAGUCAGCGGCUUGUUGCGAGCAGACGCAGUCAGCGGCUCGUUGCGAGCAGACGCUGUCAGUGGCUUGUUGCGAGCAGACGCUGUCAGCGGCUCGUUGCGAGCAGACGCUGUUAGCGGCUUGUUGCGAGCAGACGCUGUCAGCGGCUCGUUGCGAGCGGACGCUGUCAGCGGCUUGUUGCGAGCAAACGCUGUCAGCGGCUCGUUGCGUGCAGACGCUGUCAGCGGCUUGUUGCGAGCAGACGCUGUCAGCGGCUCGUUGCGUGAGGUAUUUUCGGUAAACAAACAUUGCAUGCCGUAUGCUGUAUUCACUGCAUGCUGCUGUGCAGUUUUGUAAUUUGAGUCGCGCUACUCUGAAGCCAUUAUCGAUUUCCUAAAAUCCACUGCUGAUGAUGCAUGACCGUACUCAGUGUCUGCGUAUUGGGCCAUGCCACUGGUGACAGAAGGGCACUUCUCAGCUUUUCUUCUGCCAGCAUUAAUGACAGCAUUUUAUUGUAUUGUUGUCAGGUCUGUUUUGUUCAUGCGUUACUUUGUCAGCAAUAAGCGGAAAUCCCUGCUAAACAGAAGCUCCGUAUGUACCAUAGCGCAUUGUUCUUUUCACCAUUGUGAUCAAAGUACCAACACUACACAUGCACUCUUUUAUCAUGGAAUUUCCUGCACUUGUGUAUCAAAGCUGACGCAUUCAGUGUGCGUAGCUUUGCAUUCUUUUAUUUGUACUGAAAGUGGCUACUAUAUUGCACUAGUGUCCGUUUAGCGUUGCAACAAUGUCUGCCAGAUUGCGUAUCACUGGAUACAAAGCUAAAAGGCAAUUACUCUUUACCAAAAAAAGAAAACACGAGCAAAACCGCAUUAGUUUUGCCACAAUUCACUUCAGUAGGUUUACGGUUAUAAAAACUCGCGUAGAUCAUAGCCCCUGUGACUUUUCCUCCAUGUUUGUCUGCACUCAUCUCACACCUGCUGCGUUCCUUCCUCCAGAAACAUGAUUUCACUGAAGUACGUACAAAUCUAAUUUCGCACUGCACUGUGUUGCGUCGCAUUGUCACCCGCUGAUGUAACGAAUACACUUUGA